CAAUGGGAGUCUGGGUGUUCAGCAGGGUGCUAAGUACCGGGCACAGUGGAUUGAAAUUUAUGGAUUUGAGCUGCUGAUUGUUUUCUCCAGCAUAACACCACUGGAUCUUAUACAAUUUCUUAAAUUAUAUUUUUAUGCAUCAAUUUCAAAUACCAGAACAUGAAAUCUACAUGACAAUGAGAGUCGACUAAGACAGCUGCAAAUGCAAGAAGACCAUCCUUGGUAGAACCAAGGAUCUAAAGAGAAAGAAAUCCGUAACUUAUUUUUCUCCCCGUGUGUGUCCCCUUUGAGCUUUCAAAACUGUUUCUCCAAAGAGUUUUGCAGAAACUAAGACUGUUUUCAAAAGCAGAAGCACCGCAGUCCACAACAGAAGUGAUGGGCAGUGUGCGACCCAACCGUUACAGCGUUGUGUCUUCAGAAGAGGACGGGAUGAAGCUGGCCACUUUGGCGGUUGCCAAUGGGUAUGGAAAUGGAAAGAGCAAAAUCCAUACUAGGCAGCAAUGCCGAAGCAGAUUUGUGAAGAAAGAUGGCCACUGCAAUGUUCAGUUCAUCAAUGUGAGUGAGAAGGGACAGCGUUACCUAUCUGAUAUCUUCACAACAUGUGUGGAUAUUCGUUGGAGGUGGAUGCUUGUCAUCUUUUGCCUAGCUUUCAUCCUCUCCUGGCUUUUCUUCGGCUGUGUAUUUUGGCUAAUUGCUCUACUUCAUGAGGAUUUGGGUGCCCCAGAGAAUCACAAAGUUUGUGUCACCCAAGUAAGCAGCUUCACAGCAGCCUUCCUCUUUUCUAUUGAGACUCAGACAACAAUAGGCUAUGGCUUCAGAUGUGUCACAGAUGAAUGCCCCAUCGCUGUGUUCAUGGUAGUUUUCCAGUCGAUUGUUGGAUGCAUCAUUGAUGCCUUUAUCAUUGGUGCUGUCAUGGCAAAGAUGGCCAAACCAAAAAAGAGAAAUGAGACUCUUGUGUUUAGUGACAAUGCUGUGAUUGCUAUGAGAGAUGGAAAGUUGUGCUUGAUGUGGCGUGUAGGCAAUCUUCGGAAAAGCCACCUGGUAGAAGCUCAUGUGAGGGCACAGCUCCUUAAGUCACGCAUCACAUCAGAAGGGGAGUACAUCCCGUUGGAUCAAAUAGACAUUAAUGUUGGUUUUGACAGUGGAAUAGACCGAAUAUUCCUAGUAUCCCCAAUUACCAUUGUCCAUGAAAUUGAUGAAGAGAGUCCCUUGUACGAUUUAAGUAAACAAGACCUAGAUAACUCUGAUUUUGAAAUUGUUGUAAUAUUGGAAGGCAUGGUAGAAGCAACAGCAAUGACAACCCAGUGUCGGAGCUCCUACUUAGCUAAUGAAAUCCUUUGGGGACACCGUUAUGAACCUGUUCUUUUUGAAGAAAGAAAUUAUUAUAAAGUGGACUAUUCUCGUUUUCACAAAACAUAUGAAGUGCCCAACACACCCCUCUGCAGUGCAAGGGACUUAGCAGAGAAAAAAUUCAUUAUUUCUAACACAAAUACUUUUUGUUAUGAAAAUGAAGUAUCUCUCACAAGCAAAGAGGAGGAUGGAAGUGACAAUGGGGUGCAGGACAGUAUGAGCACAGACAUGCACCCAGAUAUGGAACUUCAUAACCAAGUUCCCCUUGAGCCUAGGCCUCUUAGACGAGAAUCUGAAAUAUGACUCAUAAACUGCUACCUUCAGUUCAUCAAAUCGGUCAGUCAGCUCUUCAUGCUGAACAAAGGCCCAACACAGUUUUCAGAAGUCGGUACUAUUGAAAAGGUGUAUCAGAGGCAGGCAGAUAUGAGCAACCAGGGCUAACCUAUAUGAAUGCAGGAAAGUAACUGACAUAAAAGGGUAGUGUUGGGUAUCUAAGUUGGAACACGUUGUUUGUGUUCCAUGUCACUGGACAUGCUACCAUGAUAUAUUGUGAUAAGUUGCUAUGUGCUCUGUGAGGAUGUUUUGGGUAUACAAGGCCACAGUAGGUCAUUAUAAUCUCACAAUAUUUUGCCUUUCCAUCUUAGUCCGGGUUUGCAAACUACAGUGGAAGAGCAUGGCCUUCCAGCAGUUGCUCAUAUGAAUAUGUGUGGCAUGGUUAAAAUGAUAGACAGCUGGGAUAUGGAAAGAUAGCACUAAAAGUUUCAAAGUGUAUCUUAAAGGCACAUAAUGUGUUGUAAGAUAAUUAUGUAUAUUGUUAUUUUUAUGACAAAACUUGAACUUGCAGGCAAGCUUGUUGAAUUUUCAACUUCUCUGUAAUAUUGCUUUAUACUGGGAACAAGCCUGUUUUUAAUGGCAUAACAAUAGGCAAAUAUCUGCCUUAAAUUGUAAGCUGCUGCUAACCACAUACACCCACUCAUUUCUGCUUAGGUGUACUCUCAGUAUUGUACCAGUGUUUUGUUUUUUGUUUUUUUCUGUGUUAACCAUCAAAUGCCAAACUUGUUCUGUGGUGUGUAUGUGCGUGUUAAUUUUAGUAUACAUAAAUGUGUAUAGAAUAUAUAGUAUAUAUGUAUAUCUAUAUAUUCCACUUGUCCUAGACAAGCACAACACUAGUAAUAUAUAUAUAUAUAUAUAUAUAUAUAUAUAUAUAUAUAUAUAUAUAUAUAUAUAUACGUAAAGGGCUGGAAAUUUCUACAAGACCUAUAGUCCCAGACUAAUCAAGUAAAGUAGUCUAUCCAAUCUUCAAAUAUACAGACCAUUAGAUGUGGCAUUGCUUGGGCUUUUUGAAAUGUCACUAUUUCGGAAGUCCAUACUGAGCCAUCCCUCCUGGUUUAUACUGUAAUUUUGUAGGAGUUGAUAGAGUAUAUAUAAAUAACUGGGGAUUCUAGCCAAUUAUUCAUUACAUUUUAUAUAUUUUUUUAAUUAUUUAACUAACUACCUAGGUCAAUAACCAAAGAAGAUGCAUUUAGCUAAGCUGAACAAAAUGCUUUUAAAAUUUUCUUCAUUAGCAAACAAUACUUUGUAUUAAUUAUUCCCUGUUGGGUGUUUAUAUAUGGACAUCUCUUUGUAUGCAAAGAAGAGGGUGGGGAUUAUUCAUAUAUUUAUCUCUCUUUUUUGGGAGACUGCAAAAAAUCCGAAAAUGUUAUACAUAUACUCUUUCCUUCUAAGUAUGUUUUAAAAAAAAAAUGUGAGGACAAGUGUUUCAAUGUUCUAGAAUUGUGUUUAUGGUACAUGGGAGUUGAAUUAAUAAUUUUUUUUAUCCCUACAUGUACUAUAACAAGCAAAGCCUUAUAGAUAAAUAUUCUGAUUAAUAACUAGUUAAAUUGCUAUCCUAUCAAAUUUAAAGAUCAGUUCUCAAAAUAGACUUAUUUUGAGAUAACUCAGACGUGUACUAAAUGUGUUUUCGGGUGUUUGGAAGAAAUAUAGCUGCUAUGUAGCAUGUGAAUGUUUGCAAAACUAAGGAGAGUUUAUUUCCGGAGUAAGGAGAGACAAGAAGGGUGGAUUGAUCUUGUAUCAAAAAAUACAAAAAAAUGUUGGAAAAAAAGAAAAUCUCAUUUGGAACUGAUGGAAUACAUUGGAAAAAAUGAUUAUUUGGAGCAGAUGAUACUGUAAAAGAGUUUUUAAUAACUGUAAACAUGGAAAAGUGAAAUAUUUGAUUCAUUCCUGUAGUUGGCCAGGACAUCUUUGGUAUGAAGGCCCAUAUGUGAUCCAGAUUGACAUUUUUCUUUGUGCCAGCUGAAAAAAAAAUUACAAAACCCCUUUUAGCACUUUUGCUAUUAUCUUAAAGGGACAUUAAAAUGGAACAUGUUAAUCUCUAUAAAAUGUUUAAUUAUGCAUAGAAUAUUUGCCUGACUUUCCUGUAAUUUAACUAAAAGAAAAUGUUCUACUGAUUUUUGAGAGGCUUAACCUUCUGAAGAAUUCAGAAUUCCUGCAACAUGUCGUAAAGGAUUUGCUUGAGCAGUGCAGGAACUCAAUGGUAUAUGUUGCUAACUUUGCCAAAACAAAAGAGUUAAGAUAAGCAUACAUUUCUAGUGUAUAUCCAUAAACGCCAAAACAUUGGCGUUACAGUACUUAAUAUCUGACAUAUACCAUGUAUAUGUAUAAAAAUGACUUUAACGCCAAGCACAAUUAAUUUACAACAAGCACAAGUAGAUGGGUUAAUUCUGUGCAUUUGUCUUCAAAAAUAAUUGUAUGAAUCAUAUAUGUAUUACGGACAUCAUCCUUUUUGUUUUAUAAUAUAAAAAAAGAGUAUGCAGAUGUUCUGAACUCUUUUACAGUAUCUAGUAUUUAUAUGCCAUUAAAAAUAAUCUUGUUCUAAAUA